UGAAAGUGCUGAACUCUGUAGCAGGAAUGCAAUGACAGGUCUAGACCUGAACUUCCGCGUUAAGCAGGAAGAAGCCAACAGUCAGACAAAUGCAAUCUUCAAUCUGCUCGCACACCCAAAAUCUGCCUGCAUAUGACUUUAAUUUUUGGUGUCGAGCUUAAUUAGGGAAUCGUUUUUCGAAGUGGAGCUGAUGUCCAUGAAGCUGUUAUCUUGAAACUUAGUGGCGAAGCAAAGGAUUAACACAUUUUAAAAAGAUGGACGACAUUGACGCCAUGUUCAGCGCCAUGCUGGGGGAGAUGGACCUCCUCACCCAGAGUCUCGGAGAGGAAACGGUGCCCCCUGAAGCUCUCUCCAACACAAAGAAGGAAGUCAACUACUCCAUCGGCUUCACUGACCUGAAUGAGUCCCUUCAUGAACUGGAGGGCAAUGACUUGGACGCACUCAUGGCCGAUUUGAUGGCUGACCUCAAUGCAACGGAAGAGAAAUUGGCAACAGAGAUAGAAUGCUUGAAGGCACCGUCAGCGUCUCAACCAGACUUCCCACCACCGCCCAAGGGCCUGAGCAUCGAACCUGCCCCAUCGCACAUUUCACCGUCAUCUGCAGGAAGCAGAAGCAGCAAUGUUAGCACUCCUGUCCCUUCUGCUGCCUCCUCUUUAGCACCUCCACCUCCUUCUGGUGCAAAGCCCACAACGGAGGAGAUCGAGGCGCAGAUGAAGGCAGACAAAAUCAAACUCGCUCUUGAGAAACUAAAGGAAGCUAAAGUUAAAAAGUUGGUGGUGAAGGUACUAAUGAAUGAUGGCAGCUCCAAGACGCUGAUGGUUGAUGAGCGACAGAAUGUCAGGGAAGUUCUGGACAACAUGUUUGAGAAGUCUCAUUGUGACUGCAAUGUGAACUGGAGCAUAUGUGAGACCAACCCAGAACUGCAGCUUGAACGGGCGUUUGAAGACCACGAGAACCUUGUGGACCCACUCUCAGCGUGGACAAGGGACAGCGAGAACAAAGUACUCUUCCAAGAGAGACCAGAGAAAUAUGAGGUUUUCAAAAACCCACAGAACUUUUAUCUGUGGAAGAAGGAUAAGACAACUCUCAGAGAUAUGAAAGAUAAGGACAAAGAGUUAUUAAUACAGGAGAACUUCUGCGGGACUUCCAUCAUCGUGCCUGAUCUCGAGGGGGUGCUGCAUCUUAGAGAAGAUGGAAAGAAGUCCUGGAAGCAGCGGCUCUUCCAGCUGAGGGCCUCGGGAAUUUAUUAUGUGCCCAAAGGGAAGACCAAGUCGUCCCGUGACCUCGUCUGCUUCGUCCAGUUCGACAACGUAAACGUCUACUACGGCAAAGACUUUAAGAGCAAAUACAAAGCUCCAACUGACUUCUGCUUUGUGCUGAAGCAUCCUCAGAUCCAGAAAGAGUCUCAGUACAUAAAGUACCUCUGCUGUGAUGAUAUUUGGACCAUGAACCUUUGGGUGACUGGAAUACGGAUUGCAAAGUACGGGGCAUCGCUGUAUGAAAACUUUAAAACAGCAGAGAUAAAGGCUUCUAACUCUGUGUGGACGAACCGCAGCACUCCAUCGAGCUCCAAUCAAUCAACGCCCUCACCCACAGUCAAAGCUAAAUCACCAAACCAGGCCAACGGUCAUGCUACCAAGCCGCAGCCAGGACCUAUUUCUCAGAAUCCAGCUCCACCACCACCACCACCACCAUUAGCCGAGGUCCUCCCCCCACCACCCCCAGACCCAGUGCUCCCUCCUCCUCCUCCUCCCAUGGCUGCCAAGACUGCCUCAAAACCCACCCCCCCAAAGCGGAAUCAACCAAACAACUUCCCUCCACCUCCACUUGAUAUGGACAAUCUCCCUCCUCCACCACCACCUCCGCCCACUGACGACCACUUAGAGGCUCCGCCAGACUUUCUUCCACCACCUCCUCCAGCUACUGGCUUUAAUUCACUGCCACCACCACCUCCUAGUUUUGGUGGCGUGGACCACUCUCUGCCCCCGCCACCACCAGAUCCAGUGUCUUUGCCACCACCUCCACCUGACCCAGUGUUUGUAGCUUCUGGGGCUCCACCACCACCACCACCACCUCCUCCACCACCACCUGCUGCUCCUGUCGCCACCCUAAGACCAGCUGUGAGGACCUCUGGGUCAUUGAAGAAGGUUCCUCCGGCUCCACCAAAGAGGACUGCACCAACGCAAGGAGGCGGAGGAGGUGGAGACUUCAUGUCAGAACUGAUGCUAGCCAUGCGGAAGAAGCAUGCAGACCAGUAGCCUGAACAGAGAACUUGUGGACUAUAAAUACAGAAUGAACUAUGCCUGCACAGCCAACAACUUAAUCAGCCUUUUCUCAAAGAUGAAGCUAGUGGAGUUCUCUGUAGAUUUCCCCUUUUAGUCAUUCAUCCUUUUUCUGAACAGCUUCCAAGACAAAAAUGAGUUAACCUUUGAAAAAAAGUUCAGUUUUGAAAAGCAUUUGAAAACGUUGGGCUCAAAAAGACUAUUACAGUUUGCUUUGUCAUGCUGUUAUCAUACUUCCAUAUUGUAUAUAUAUUUGCAUACAUAGCUGUAAAUACUGUAAAAACACAGUCAUUGUGUUACCAGUAAAUAUACAAGUUAGAUAGUUUGUUUUCAUUUGACUCUUCAACCCACCUAAAUAAACCCUUGAAUCUCCUGGCUGUGCUGCACCAUCAAGAUCUGUAUUAUUAAAAUAUGUUGUUGCUUUGCUGGACAAGUCGUCAGUCUGCCGCAGGGCCAGCACAGUCUAGACCUCAUGGACAUGGCUAAAUGCUGUGCUUCCUCCCCUCAGACAGGCUUUCACAGUAACCACCUGCAGUCGGUGCUUGUUUGUGGAUCUCUUUGCCUUUUGGAGCAAAUAUAUUGCCCAACAAAUGACACAUCACACCAAAAUAUGCUACAAGUUUUUUAUUAGGAGGUAACUCAUGACGAACAGCUGACCUUUAACCUCCUAGCCCACUGUGGAGGUCUUGCUGCAUAGCCCGCCUCCUCUGCAGUCUCUUGUGUAACAAAGGGUGAGGACAGGAUGUGGUGCAGCAGCUCCACCUAGUGGUAAAGUGGUAAAGUAAACUGUAGUAGAAACAAAUCAUAAACAACUUUGGGUGUCGUUUUAUUUGUUUUGUGUGACAGGUCCUUUUAUCAGACACAUACCUCGGAAAAGUCAUUCCUCUCAGCUUUCCUUAUUGCAGACUCUGCCAUCCAGUUCCUCAGCACAUAUCUCGGAUUUACAUCUGUAAAACAUUUAAUCCAAUCAGAUGUUUCGGUCACCACUGCAUAACAAACAUCUAAGAAUAUAAAUAUUUAUAUCCCUCAUCGUUUAAUCAACAUUAAGAUUUAGUUACAGUUUGAUUUACUUUUCAUCCUGUGUUGACGAUCCAAAUCGCUAUCAUCCUGCUGUCUGAACAGAUACAGAGGAAAGAGAUUAAUUCACAGCAACAAACAUCCUGAUGUCACACAAAUGUAAAUAAGUAAAUUCAAAAUGACCUCUCGUGACCUUCCUUACCUACUGAGCCGGAACAGGUACUUGUUAAGCCAAUCAGAAAAGUGCUUGUGGUGUGAUAGGUCAUCAAGAGCCCACAUCUGAUUUAGAAAUAAUACAAUCCUUUACAUUUCCUGCAUGCCUAAUUAUAAGAAAUGCAUGCUGUGCAAGGAAAGCUCAGUAUUGGUACAACUGAUUCAACAGAUCGGCCAGCUUCACAACAAAAUCUAGAGAUUGAAAGGAACAACAACAUUUUGUCACUUUUAGCUCCACCUGCGUGAAGUUCUUGUUAAGAAGCUGCUUGGCUGAAACUUCGCUGAGCUCCCUGAAGGUCAUGGUGAAGUCAGACUCUGUGUCCUCCAUCAUCUGUAAAGGGAAAAUGAAAUUACAGUGCAGAGAGUGAGACUAAACUGAUUUAGAAGACUGAAACAAACUGUAUAAUAACAACCGCAAUUGGCUCACUUUAAGCAGGAAAGCAAUGAGGUCGUUAUCGUCCUCAUCUUCACCAAGAAGUCCCAGUUUUGCCUUAAAUAUCUGGUGAACCCUGAAGUGGAGACAUGAAUAAAUGCAGUCUUGGCUUUGCUGCAGCAUGAACACAAGUAAGAUAACAUUUCACAUGAAGCUCACCUCAUUUGGUAAAUGUUGGCAUAUCCUUUAAGAAUAAUUUUCGCCCUGCAAAAAGUUAAGAUGACAAGUUUACAAUUUGACUUCAUGAAUUUCUUCAAAUUAGAAAAGAAGAAGUCACAUUAAUAAACUCGAAGGUUUAAUAAGCAGCUACGUAUAUCCCACUGAACUUUUACCUCCGUUUUUUUUUUUUUUA